AGCGGCGGUGGCGGCCCGGGCUCUCCAUGAGCGAGCGGCGGCGGCGACGGGAUGAAGACACUGUUUGAGGAGAUCAAAGCAUCAAUUAAAAAUAACUAUAACCAAGAUCGAUCUUUUUGGAGGCCUGUUCUUCCUUGGGGAGGUGUUUUUACUAUCAAAGCUGGCCGCAAAGCAGUAUCCUGUACACCGCUCUAUGUUGAAAUAAGACUGAAAAAUACCUGCACCAUAGAUGGAUUCUUGAUGUUGUUGUACGUCAUUCUUAACGAAAAUGAGACUUUCCCCAGGGAGCUUUCUCUUCAUUUUGGUAGAGAGUUCGUAGACUGUUUCCUUUAUUUAAUGGACACCUGCAGUUUUACAACUGUGAAGCUCCUUUGGAUUUGGGACAAGAUGGAAAAGCAGCAAUACAAAUCUGAAGUUCAUAAAGCUUCCUUGAUCAUUGAUCUGUUUGGGAAUGAGCAUGAUAACUUUACAAAAAAUCUUGAAAAUCUCAUGUCUACCAUUCAAGAAAGUUACUGUUCCAACUGGCGAUGCCCGACAAGAGUACAGGAAGAUCAGCAGCGCACGAUUAAUAUAAAUCCCCCCCAAGAAAUUCCACAUGGAAAUCUGAUCCGACUGGCUGUGGAUGAGCUGUUCUGUUCCAAGAUUGAAUUAUGUGGCGCGCAUGGGUGUGGCGGCUUAAGAGAAUUUUCCCAGCGAGUUUUCUGCCAUGGAGCACCUCCUUUUGUCGUCUUAAAUAUGCAGCACUGGAAGUCUGAGGACCUGGCAUAUGUACCGUAUUACUUGGACUUAUCCGACCACAAAUACUUGUUGGAAGGUGCCACGUUAUUUAACAAAGAGGAGCAUCAUUAUUCUGCAGCUUUCCAGAUUGAUGGACAUUGGAUGCACUAUGAUGGCCUCAGAAAUGUGAAUUUAAUUUUGUUAAAUAAACCCCCAGAGUUUCUCCUCUUGUCAUCAUUGGUUUAUAUUCGAGCAACAGAGAAAUAAAUACAGACUGAUGCUAAAUUCAGUUGUUCUCCCGCCUGCCCGUGCCCCCCACCAGGAUGAAGGGCUUUUAUUUUGUGUAUACUUGGUAUCCAAGGAAACAGUUCAACUAUACUAGUUUCAGAGGUGUAUUUCCCAGUGUUUUGCUCCAGGUAAAUGUUUUAUAUAGAAGAUCUAUGCAAAAAUUUGUAUUUCUUUUUUAUAUUUCCUGGUUAUUUUUAUACAAGCAUAUUUUAUGUUGAAAUAAAAUGUAUCUAUAGUCCUUGUAUUUUUAAUUUAUAUGUUCCACAAAAGUUUUUACAAUUCUAUCUUUAAAUUGAAAGAAAUUUAAGAGAAUACUUUGUCACUGAAUUCUAAAUUUUUUUUUUUUUUUGGAUAUACAGGUAAAACCUGGAUAACAGUCAGUAUUUUAAUUUAUAUAAAUUUAAAAGUUCAGGAUAUAUCUGACUAUAUCUCUUUGCCCUACCUCAACUAGUAUCCAAAGUGCACUAUAGAGAUUUAGUAUGAAUUUGAAUGUACAAUUUAUGGAUGACUUAAUUUUACCCAUUGCUUUACCUAAUUUCCUUGCAGCAAUUUUUUCAUGUGAGAAUUUUUUCCUGGGCUUAAAUGAUGGUAAAUUACUGUAACUACUUGGGUAAAAUACUGUAAACCUGCCAGUGGAUUUCCAAGUGUUAAGUAAGCUUCCAACCCUAAAGUUACUGUUCAGAAUAAAUUAUAUAACUACCCUAAAUAUUAGCCUCAUAGUUAAAUGUAAUGGAAAUUCUCCAAUAAAAAGUCACGUUACAGAAAAAUCAACUAUAAAAAAUAAUAUGUGACUGGAUGCUUCAUAGUGUUGGGCUAACAAAAAGGACUUUUAAAUAUAUGAGAAGUGUUCUACUGUUUAACUAUAUGUCCAGCCCAAUAUCCUUUACCUAGUUAAGUUUUAUACUGCCCCAGAGGAAAAGCUAAAUUUUUAGAAUAAUACUUGCCGGCCAUCUUGUAGGUAGUAAUUGAUACUAUGAAGCUUUGAUUUGCAAUAUGUCACUAGAAUUUUAUAGAUACCAAAAUAUUUUUUGUAAGUGUUGCUCUUCCUUUUAAAGGAAAAUAAUGAAGAUUCUCAAGGGAAAAUACUUUUCGGAGCUUGUCCCCAUUCAUUUCAGUGUUUACAUUUCAACACAAUCUGCUUUAGGUUUGGGGUUGAGAUUAGGUGCAAUAUAUUUGAAGAUGUCUCCAGGACUGCUCCGUUCACUGCCAUAUACCAAACUGCUAAGGUUUCAUCCAGUAAAUUAAGUCUUAUCUUGCCUUGGUGCCGUGUUGAGAUAACUUUCUAUAAGAAUAGAUAAAUGUGGGUGAAACAUUGCUGAGAAUUCCGUACUCUGAGGGAAUACUACGAGAAGUACUUUUAUACCUAAGAUAAAUAUGAUUUAUUUUAUAACAAAGAAAACCCUUAUCCCAGUAUUUAUUUAAAUAGUCCCCAAGUGUAAAAGCUAGGAUUUGGUUUACAGUAAACGUAACCUAUAACAUAUUAUAGUAUUGCAUGAAUCAAAAUAUAUAAGAACACAAAUAUUAGAGUAUGUAUAAGUGGCAUAAUUAGCAAAUUAUUAAUAUCAGCAAUGUUAUUCCUAAUGCAGAUUUAUUCCUUUAUAAAUUGCACUUUAUUUGGAAUAUUAGUUUCUCACAAAACAAUGACAUGCCUACCUCACAGGGUUGUUGUGAGGAUUAAGAUGUUUGUUAAAAUCUUGACUACCUUGAACGUGCUAAUAAACAUGUUUUUUCUACCUCUUUA